CUCUCUGGCGCGCGGUGAAAAAUGACGAAGGGAACGUCGUCAUUUGGUAAACGGCGGAACAAGACACACACCUUGUGUCGCCGCUGUGGGGCCAAGGCCUUUCACCUGCAGAAGUCGACCUGCGGCAGAUGUGCCUACCCAGCCAAGAGGAAGCGAAAGUACAAUUGGAGUAUUAAAGCCAAAAGGAGGAACACAACUGGCACUGGUCGCAUGAGGCAUCUGAAGGUGGUUUACCGCAGAUUCAGGAAUGGAUUCCGUGAAGGAACCACCCCCAAGCCCAGACGCGCUGCAAUGGCUUCCUCCAGCUCAGCGUAAACCUGUCUCUAUCUGUUCAAGUAACAAAUAAAGUGAUCUUUCAGAU